UGUUGCAACAACGUGCUGCGACUUCAACAGCGGAAAGCACUGAAAAGGAUUUUUCAGGAUAAGGAUUUUUAAACUAAGGACUACGAACUAAACAAGGAUGACAGCUCACGAGAGCAGGAACUGACCCACUGCUGCAACAGUAUGGCGAAAAGAGUCCUAGUAGCCUACGCCCUUUGGGCAAUGGGUGGGCCUUUAGGUCUUCACCAUCUCUACUUAGGGAGAGACAGCCACGCUCUGCUGUGGAUGAUAACUCUGGGAGGUUUUGGCUUUGGCUGGGCAAGAGAGUUCAUACGUAUUCCAGCUUACGUCAGCGAGGCAAAUCGAGAUACAGAAAAAGAAAGAUGGCCUCCCAAAGAGGGACUCCCACCUGUCAGCCCUGUCAGAUUUGCUGGGCAGGUGUGUGUUGGGAUCUACUUUGGCAUGGUGGCUCUCAUUGGACUGAACUCCCUCAGUUUCUUCUACUUGAUCGUUCUGCCCCUAAGCGUGGGUGCAGGGGUUCACUUGGUGUCCAAUGUUGGUCAACAGACUGCAGAUCUCCAAAAAACCCUCACUGCCUGUCUGGUGACAUCACCGAUAUUCUACGGCAGCUCUCUCUCACCUCUUCCUAUAAGCUUGGCUGCUAGCAUCACUGCUUCACAGCACCGCAGGUUCAAACCGCCGAAAGCCCCUGGCAGCCAGCAGAAACUAGGUCCACGGCUUUACAGGAUUGGUCUGGCUUGGCUUGCCUUCUCUGCUCCAUUGGGUUAUUGUUUUUUUUACAACACCACAGCCACACUGUAUUACCUGUCUGACUCAAUAGCUGCACUGCUGGAUAUUUUCUGGUUCCUGCCUUGGCUCAGAAGUGUGCUGGAAUACUUUCUUUUAAUGCCAUACCGCAUCCUGUGUGCACUGACUGGAGGGGGGUACCAUGAAGAGGCUUGGAGGAAAGUGCUGGAAAUACUGCUGAAAGAGUACACACAGAGAGAAAAGGAGGCACUAAAGGUGUUGUCAUUGGAGACAGAGGCGUCUCUUGAGGAAAUAACCCGAAGCUACAGGGAGCUGGCCAAGACCUGGCAUCCAGACCACAACCCUAACAACGACGCUGAGAAAAUGUUCAUGAAGGUCCAGGAAGCUUAUGAGGUCUUGAUGCGAUGGCACAAACCCCAGAGAUUCAAAUAGUAGUGUUAUUUUUCUUACAGACUGGCCAUCAUUGAGUUUUUAAAAAAGAACUGUUUGUGGAUCCAUGACAAAUCACUUUGUGACCUUGUGGACUGAUGGGACAAGAAAAGUGUCUAAAAUCUCAAUGUCCACUGUUGCAUUUGCUGCCUUCCAGGCAAAUUGACCUGUCUCUACAUUGUCCAUAUGUUUGGAAAUUUGGGAAAUUUACUUUUUAUCAGGCAGGCAGCUUCACAUGUUCCAGUGGAUUGGCAUGGCACCAAAUAACAUUCUGACUUCAUCUUCAUGUUCUAGAUGCGGAUUCACAUUUGGGCCUUUCUGCAUGCAAAUCCCAUUUCGUCCUCAUUAUUUCUUUCAGUUCUGUGUUCUGAAAGGAAGCGUGCUUUGAAAUCUACCUUGAUGGGUUUUUAUUAUUAGUGGAUUUUUAGAACUUUCUGAUUAGGAAAGAUUUAUGUUAAUUGCAGGUUCUAAAUUGCACAAAGGUCUGAAUGCAGGUAUGAAUGGCUGUUUGUGACACCUGUUUCUAUUAUGGCACUGUGAAGUACUUGUCUCUUGCACAUGUUGUAUUCUGUAUGUCUACUAUUGCCCAGCAGACAUAGAAACCAGCUCUCCUGUGACACUAAACCUAACAUAAAACAAGUAUAGACAGUAUACUUGCUUUAUCUUUUAAAGUAUAUUGCUAACACAUACUAAAUGAUGGAUUUUUCAUCUGGCAUAAUCUCUUGAUGCAAUUAUGUUUCCUGUCAGUCAGAGAGAUGCAACAACUUGUAUGGCCUCCUAUCACUUUAUUUUGACUUCACACUCAUUUGAAGAGUUGUAGACUUGUGCAGGUAUUUGUUUCAGAAGUGCAAAAGGUAAGAUGAUUCUUUAAUUCUGUUGUUUUGCUGGGUGAUUUAAAAAUGUUUUCUCUAUUAGAUCUCAAAAGAAUGUAGAACAGAAAGGUCAGAUCAGUUAUUUGGAGCUGUUUGUACAAAGCCAUGCUGUUUAAAUUUAUUAAAUGCAUUUCUGUCAUGAAUAUUUUUCUCAAAACCUGAACAUCAGUCAAUUCAUAACAAAAUUGUACUUUGCUUAAUACAAUAGAAUUUUACACCUGUUUGAUUAUGUGAAAAACAGCAAUUUGCUGCCAUCUUGUGGUACAAAUGUAA